UGCCGGCCCUCGUCUCCCGCGGAUCUCCCGGUUCUCGGCCCCGCCGUGCCGGCCCUCGUCCCCCGCGGAUCUCCCGGUUCACGGCCCCGCCGUGCCGGCCCUCGUCUCCCGCGGAUCUCCCGGUUCUCGGCCCCGCCGUGCCGGCCCUCGUCUCCCGCGGAUCUCCCGGUUCACGGCCCCGCCGUGCCGGCCCUUGUGUCCCGCGGAUCUCCCGGUUCUGGGCCCCGCUGUCCGCCCGCGGCCGCCCCGCAGCCUCUCCCCGGUGCUCCGGGCGGGCUCCGCUGCAAGCCUCCAAGGCUCCCGAUUCCCCUAAAGUCAGAACACCACGUAAAGCUGGCAAACCUGGAAAUAAUCACACCCGACAACUACCUUUUAAUGAAUGCUCUGGAGACUCCCACCAGCUGAGGGAUGGAGGUGCCUCAGGAGUUGGCUUUGCUAUUCCGGAAGGUUUUCUCUCGGCAAGCGUGGAUGAAGGUGUAACUGCUACUGAAGGAGGAUUUUAAAGGGGGUCUGAUGACAACAAAAGCAAACUUGCCUGCUACAGCAGGGUCUAUUGUUGUCCCUUACGGACAUGUGAUUGGAAAUGAGAAGUGGAGAGGGUCAGAGAUUGCCCAAAGGCUACAAGGAAAAGUUAGACUCAUCUUUGAAGAUGGCUUGGGACUGGUGGACUUUCAUCUUUCAAACAGAACUUGCAUUUUACUUAUUUCUGAAGCAGAUUUGGUUGCAGGGGAUGAAUUCAAACGAAGAUUGGUUAAGUUUAGAAAUGCCAGCAGUCUUAGGGGAAUUGUAAUUGUAGAGAAAACCCAAAUCAGUGAGCAGUACUACUCAGGAGUACAAAAACUUGUUGUACUUGAACUUGGAAUGGUGUUGCUUCCUGUGGCAAAUCAAGGAGAAGCUUCUCAACUUAUUAUUCAACUAGUGCGGGAGCAGAGCCGGGAUCGCGGGGCCAACCCCUUCGUUCGCAAGCAGCGCUCUCAGCUGGCGGAGCCGGCAGCGCUCCGGGCGGUGCAGCACAUCCCCGGCGUUGGAAAAACAAAAGCGCUGCUCUUACUGCAGCACUUCGGGAGCAUCCACCGGCUGUGUAACGCACCCGUCAGCGAGCUCGAGCAAGUAGUUGGACAAACAGCAGCGCAACAAAUUUAUACUUUUUUACACUCCUGACAUGCAUGUGCAGUGGUAUUUUGCAAAAUGGAAACUUGGGGUUUUUCUGAUGUCUGUAAUCAUGGCUAGCAGUAACUGGACUCUGAUGCUUCUUUUUUCCAUCUGCUCUGUUCAUAUAGAUUUAAGUGGUGCAAAUUGCCUUGGAAAGAAGUCUGUGAAGUAUUUUGCGUCUAUCUGGAAGAAAAAAAACCCAAGAAAGCUGGUUUUUUUCAGCAUCUGUGUUAAAAAAUGGAAGAGCAAUAUGCAUACUUUGGUCUUCCAGAAAAAAACCCCGUAUGAAUACGUGCAUAGUAACUUCUCAGUAACUGGCAAUAUGUUACAGGUGUUUAAAAAGUU